AUGGAGGGAAAUUGUGGUCCGUUGUCAUCACGAGAACAAACAGCUAAUGAAAGUGAUUGUUCAAGUUAUAACAAUCAAAAUAAUCCAAAUGUAGAACAAUAUUCUGCUGCCCAAAAAAAGAAAAGUUUUGGAAUACUUACAUUAUGUGUGAUGAAUAUUGCACUUUGCUCUUCACUUCUUAUCAUUUACAACAAUAAUCAAUCAUUACUGAUCGUUGCACUGAUUAAUUUAGCAUUUACAAUUUUGGCUGGUAUUGCUUUUGCUGUUCAUAUACCACAACUUGUCAUCGUUUGUGUCAUUUAUAAGAUUUUAUGUGCGACAUAUUUGUCAUUUUUAAUAUGCAAAUUAAUUGAUGGUUUGGUAAUGGAACAAUGCUAUGUUACACCGGAAAAUAUAUGGCUUAUUGUGGCACUUAUAUGUACAACAAUCGAAAUUAGCUUAUUCAGAUUAUUGAUGAAUUUUAAAGUGGAAGUGGAAAAUGAGGAAGAAGACCGAAUACAAUCACCGCCAAAAUAUUCCACUUGCGCUUUAACAUCACCAUUACCAAUUGUUCCAACAAAUUCACAAUUACCUACCUAUAAUGAAGCGCUUAAAAUGAUCGAAGAGCAAAAAGAUGAAAUGCAAAAACAAAAUUCGAGAGCGCAAACAUUACCACCAAUUUAUACAAUACAAACGACUGAAACAACAAGAUCAAUAUUUAAAGACAAUUUAUCUAUUUGA